CACAGUUCAAUCACUUCGGCGCAGUGUUGUGUAUUAUCACCACAGAAACAGUAGGGUACUCGCGCAUCCUCGUGUCGGUCUGUUUUAGGCGUAUUACUUUUUGUUUAUUGUAUUCUGUUAGAAGACAUCGUGAAACCAUGAAAGAGAGAAGAAACGCACAACCAAUGGUUGUCAGAUGUAAACUGGUGCUGGUUGGGGAUGUUCAAUGCGGGAAAACUGCGAUGUUACAGGUUUUGGCGAAGGAUUGUUAUCCGGAGACGUAUGUGCCCACAGUAUUUGAGAACUACACGGCCUGUCUGGAGCUUGAUGACCAACGUGUUGAAUUGAGUUUAUGGGACACGUCAGGAUCUCCAUACUAUGAUAAUGUGAGACCCCUCUGCUACAGUGACUCCGAUGCCGUGCUCCUCUGUUUUGACAUCAGUCGCCCAGAUAUCUUUGACAGUGGACUUAAGAAGUGGAGGGCUGAGAUCCUCGACUUCUGCCCUAGUACUCGUAUUCUCCUUGUUGGUUGCAAGACAGACCUUCGGACAGAUGUCUGCACGCUGAUGGAACUGUCCAAUCAGAAACAAACACCCAUCACUCAUGAGCAGGGCUCUGCCAUGGCCAAACAGUUGGGUGCCGAGGCUUAUCUGGAGUGUUCAGCCUUCACCUCCGAGAAGAGCAUCCACAGCGUGUUCCGCACAGCUGCGCUGGCUUGCAUUAACAAGCUGCAGCCACUUGCCAAGCCAAGCCCGACCCGCCGGCUGUCCAAACGCCUGCUGCACCUCCCCAGCAAAUCUGAGCUCCUAUCCUCCACCUUCAAGAAGGAGAAGGCCAAGAGUUGCUCAGUAAUGUGAGUGGAGAACUUCACCCCCAUAACAAAAGCUACACCAUUACCUGCGCUUUGGUCUGGGGAAGGGGGUGGGUUCCGAUGGCCACAUCAUUGACGUGUGGGAUCCUUCCUCACCCCCCAAAGAAACCCCUUUCAGAGCAAGUGGACACCUCGCUGUCCUCCUUGUCCUGAGCUCUUCAACAGUGCAUAUGUAUUUUCAGUACUGUAUCUUGCUUUUUUCAAAACGAGAUUCAAUCAUCAGCCGUCAUCUAUUCACUCCUUGUUCUUGAGAGAUUUGCUGUCGUUGUGCCAGUUGAAGCUCGGAGUGAUUCAACUUAGGAAACAGAUGUUUUUAAAGAGGUUCCAAAGUUCAAUGUAAUGUAUAAAUACGAGCUCUCUAGUGUAAGAUUCAAAAUACAUGCUUACAGAAUGCACUGAUUAAAUCUGAGGGAACCGAUCCAAGGGAAUUGUGAAGCCGGGACCGUUGGGGAUCUGUGAGCGAGGCCUGGGUCAUGUAGAGGAGAACGAGGCCCAUUUGGCUUUAUCAUGCUGGUCGAAUUGGCUGCAGUGCUGGAAGCGAAAUGUGUGUUGUUGCCAUUCAUAUCUGAACACUAAGAUGGAGGAAUAGAGGGAAACAAGGGCCAAAAAUAUGUUUAAAAAGACCAUUUAUGAUGCUACCAAAGUCAAUUUUCCCUUAUUUCCUCUAUUAGAACACUGUCUGAUAUAUACAUGCUUCUAUUUUUAGAGGCAAUAUCUAUCUGAGAGAUAGGAUGGGUGUGACUGGGGAAUAUAUUACAGUGAUUAUCUGUAUCUUAACAUCUCCUGCUGCUCUGUAGUGUAGACAACCAUGAAUUUGUGAAGCAAUCCCUGUUCUAUAUCGGGACUCGAUCGGAUCGAAUUUGGCUUUUCUUUUUUUAAAUGACCUCGAGAGAUGUUGAAGAAGGCUGUACAUCGCCUGGUUUGAGACAAUUAAGUUCAGGCCAGCUUGGGUUUAGUUUUUCAUGCAUCUUAUGUAGCAAUCUCCUGUUUCAUUGCCUCCAUGCUCAUUUUCAGCACUAGCAGCAGAAAUAUUUGUGGAUGAUAUCGUCCAUCGUGCUUCUAAACUUGAUUCUCAAUGGGAAAAAUAAAAAUAUGUUUUCUUGUGCAAAGUGCAAAUCUUGAAGUCUGCUUUCCACCACAAAGCAAUAAAUAUGGUUCAAGUGCUUAUAAUUCAAAGUGUGUACAGUGGCAAUAAUUAAAACAAAAAAAGGCUAUUAUAAAUUCAUGCUAAUGCUUUGUGGACAUGCGUAUAUUUAUGUGGAUAUACAUCAGUGCUGCUGUAAAAACAAGCCACUAUAUUAUGACUCUGUUGAGCCUUUGUUAAAGUAAUUAGAUGAAAAUAUGACCAUUGGAGUGCAAUGUUUUCCCCCCUCAUUUUCAACCAAAUUUGAAUAUUAGUGUUCUGUUCAUGAGCAUAAGAGAGGUUAAUUCAUGGAAUGGAAGGAGAUUUAGACUGGACAUUUUAAUAUAUGGAUCAGGUGACCUGAUAGGGGCUUUGUUUGUGAAUCUUCAAGGCCAAACUGGAAAUGGAAACAGACUUUUGGAAUAAAACCGAACAGGCUGGUCCUGUUUAAUGAAAGAUAUUUUUCCAUUAUUUAACUAUUAUUCAAAUAGUUGUUUUUGCUUUAUUUCUGUACACUUGAAAUCAAUAUUUUGUUCAGUGGCGGAGGAUGAGAUGCGGGCAGCCACUGUGGCCGUUUACAAGCUCCGCCACUGUGAUCACACACCAAAUUCCUUAUUGCAUUGUCUAGUGACUUUGUAAAUAAAAAUGAAAAUGAAUUUUGGGUGCUAGGGAGUAUGAACAGCGUGUAAACAUGUCAUACAUUGUAGCUGCCAAUUUAUGUUUGUGAAGUUCUGGGUCAUGUGAGCGUCCCAGAUGAAGGACAUUCAGUCAUUAUGCUGCCAUUGCACACUGUUUGGUACAAAUAUACUUCAAGCAUGUCCUCUAGUUCUUCAGUUGUACAUAUCCUGUUUUGUAAUCUUUGUAAGACAUCUAAAAGAAUGUCACAAGAUUAAAUAUUUGUUCAUGUUGUGGAUUGACAAAGAUGUGCUUAAUGUAAAACUGCUUAGUCCUAUUUAUUUGGAUUCAUCAUUUGAGGCAGGCAACUAUUUUCUGUUUCAUGUUUUACACUGUUUUAUUUCAGAAUGUUAUUUUUGAAAUGAUGUCUUCUCCUUUUGUCUUUCCUGUAAUAAAGCUUGCCUUUGUGUGGCACACACGACCUUGA